GCCGGAAACAAAACUGAGCUGCAUCGAACACAAAGCUGGGAACAAACCAAAGAGUUACAAUGGCAAUUGUUGAAGAGAACUGGCAGACGAAGUGUUCAGCUAUCGCACAGAGAACUACGUUUAUUUUCAACACGGAGUUACUGAGCGAUGUGAAAUUUCUUGUUCCAACGUCGACUGGCGAAAGAAAUAGCAAGAAGGUGAUCCCAGCUCACAAGUUUGUGCUUGCAAUCAGCAGUCCUGUGUUCUAUGCCAUGUUCUAUGGUCAAAUGGCAGAGACCAAAACCUCUAUUGAACUGCCUGACUGUGACUACGAGAGUCUGUUGGAGAUGUUUCGCUAUUUGUACAGCGAUGAAGUGAAUUUGAGCGGAAGUAAUGUGAUGCAAGUGCUGUACUUAGCGAACAAAUAUAUGGUGCCUUCACUGGCUGACAAAUGUGCCAAAUAUCUUCGACGCAAUUUGAAAGCAUCAAAUGUGUUUUUCAUUUUGCCGUACGCUCAAAAGUUCGAAGAUAAAGAAUUGGAAGAUCGAUGCUGGAAAGUGAUUAUGCAGCAGACAGAAGAAGCUGUGACGUCAGAUGAAUUUGUUACAGUCGAGCGAUCACUGGUCGAGACAGUUGUGAAGAGAGAAAUAUUGAACGUGAAGGAAGUGGAACUGUUUAAAGCCGUUGAUCGCUGGGCCACAGAACAAAGUAAAAGGGAAAGAAUAACUCCCAAUGGAGAGUCGAAAAGACGAAUUCUUGGAGAGGAGAUUGUGAAAGCGAUAAGAUUUCCAUUGAUGUUACAGAAUGAGUUUGCCUCAGUUGUCAUCGACUCUGACAUUCUUACUUUGAAAGAGGUUGGUGACAUGAUGAAACACUACAAUGGUGUCUUAACAUCUUCUUUACCAUUUAUACAAGCCCCAAGGAAGGAGUUUUCAACUCUGCUUGCCGAAUGUCGAAGAUUUCAAUCCUUUAACUUUCCAAUCCAUUUAAGUUUCCACGACAGGUCGGCUUCGCUUGACUGCCGUUACUGUCUUAUUUUUUCCGUUAACAAGCCAAUCAUGCUACAUGGAGUUCAGCAUUUUGGUUACAAAGGUGGCAACUACACUGUUUCCACAGAAGUUACUACAGAUGGCUCUUCUCUGGUAAAACAUUCAGGAUCAUACACUUCGGAAAACGACAAGACUUACGAAACCGAUUCGUAUUACGGCUUUGAUGUACAGUUUGAUCGUCCAGUAAAUUUGGAGAAAAGUAGACUGUACAAGUUAGUGUCACUUAUAAAGGGUCCUUUGUCGUGGUAUGGACAAGAAGGAGAAACAUCUGUUGCGUCUCAAGGUGUACGAUUUACUUUCUCUAAUUCGGAGGAUAGCAUUAACGGGACUUGUGAUGAUAGAGGCCAGUUUCCUGCUCUUUUGAUAGGAUAAAACUUUCCUUUAUAGGUCUUAGAAUGUAGCCCGGUCUGCAAGGACUGAGUUGCAUACACAGUGUUUUACGUUCAAGAGUUAACUAAUGGCAUACUGGUUGAAGUAGGAGCUUCGUUCAAACGGUCCGUCUUGUUCUCAAUCCUGAUUUAUUUACACUUUCGUUACCAUUAUCACAGGUACAUGUAUGAGCACUGAAAGUAAGCACACUCAAUCUAAAAAGAUGACUGUGACAGCAAGUGAUAUAGUUUGAGAAAACAUUAACAUAGGCAUAACUGCAUUUCAGUCAGAAGUUUUGUGUAGGAAGCGUGACGGACUUUCGGAAAUACCUUUACAACACACAAAUGCUAUCCCAAUGGAGCUAUGAAUCUGCCAGCGGCAUAGUUUUUGUUGUAAUUUAGAAAAGUGUAUGGGAUAUGUCGCGUUCUUUUUUAUAACAAACAUAACAAUCUUGUAAGUAAGGGAAGUCAUAGAAUAAAUAAACUAACGUAAUGAACGCUCACUUGUAUGUUGAUUAGAACUCUCAAUUAACAGAAGGCACACUUCAACCACUUCAACCACUUUAUUUCUUUCUUUAUUUUGGUUUGUGUGGCAAAUCAAAAAAAUAAAAUAAAUAAAAAUAACUCAUUGACGAUA